GUCGUCGCUUGCUGCCAAACUCCUCAUUGCGAAAAUUCUCGUGUUGCUGCCACUGUUUGACGUGUUGUUGUGGGCGUGUUGUGCACUUCCGUGUCAGAACUCUUUUACAUUUUAGAACUGCACAGAAGAGGGGGCGGUGUGUUCUCGGCUCUCUAGUUGACAACGUCGCGCAGUCGCCACGCGGUUUCCUUUUUUUUUUAUUAGUGCUGCUGCCUCUGCUGCUGCGGCUGCUGCUGCUGUUGCUGCUGCUGUUGCUGCUGAUGUGGUUGUUGUUGGCGGCCUGUUGCGGAUUUUCAUUAUUGUUUUACAAUGGCCUCCUGGCCACGUCGCAAUAAGCAGGCAUUGGCAUCGGAACUACUUGGCGGGGGUAGUUUAAACAUGUCCAUAUAAAAGCGAAAUUGCUGUAUGCCUUUGACUUAAUACGCGACAGGAACUUCAGCGCGAAGGUAUCUCAACUGAUCAAGAACCAAAUGUAAAACACAAAUAAAUUGAAAUAAAUAAAUAUCUAAAGUAAUCACAACUAAUAUAUUUGAAAAGUGUAUAUAUAGAAAUAAUUUCCUGUGGCAGUAAUACGGGUAUUAAAAAAGGGUUUUUCAAUUAUUUAGAGCAGACGCAUUGUCUUAGCUCAGACCCAGGUCUCCCUAGGCUGUUUCCUUAACCCAUUGAAAUGAAUGCCACUUCGCCAAAGUCAUCGCUGGCCAAACUGGGCCUGCAUACCAGCAAACAAAAGACGCUAAAGGUCAUGGUACUCGGCCAGAGCGGCGUAGGUAAAACGGCUAUGGUGGUUCGGUUUAUAACCCGUCGCUUCAUUGGAGAAUAUGAUCCAAAUUUGGAGAAAAUAUAUACCUGCCAAACAACGCUGGACAAUGAGUUGAUUCAGUUUGACAUACUGGAUGCCACCGGGCAGUUGCAUGAGCUGGACGGCGUUACACUGGAGUCCAACAUACGCUGGGCCGAUGCGUUUAUACUCUGCUAUUCCAUCACAGACAAGUGCUCCUUUGACGAGUGCAGCCGACUGAAGUUUCUAAUCAACUACAACAAGCGAAGACGCAAAUUGGGCUCUACCAGCAAGGACUGCGGACUGGACAUACCUUGCAUACUGGUUGGCAAUAAGACAGACCAGAAUGGCGACCGCAUGGUCAGUCUGGAGGAGGGACAGCGCCGUUUUCGAGAGCUCUCGUGCGCCUGUUUCCAUGAGAUCUCCGUUAGGGAGAGUAUUGACCAGGUGCAAAAUGUAUUCCGCGAUGUGUUCCGUUUUUGGCGUGUAUUCAGUAAAUUUCCAAAGCUCAAACGUUCCACCAGCGAUGUGGCGCAUGCAGCCGAUGGCAACUUGACACCCGAUUCCGGCUCUUGUUCCUUCUACGAUUCGACGCCCCUGGGCGUGGCGCGACGCUCAUUUUUGUUCAUAGGCAGCGCCUGCCAGGAGGAGAGCAGCGGCGAUCACACCGAGUCCACGGACGACAUUGCCAGCAGCAGUCUAGACAGCUCCCGCAGCAAUAUCGAUGCACCAUUCCGUAAUCGCGCCUCCACCGACGGCACUCUCCUGUCUAGGCCCAGACGGUGGCGCUUCCCACCUCCAGGUUGCCUGAUGCCGCACACGAAUCGUGUCGAGCGUCGCAUGAGCAUCUCGACCAGAGGCAGCAAUGCCAGCUACUAAGAACAGCGGUCAUUUAGUUAGUCCAAUUAUUGCGCCAAAUAUAUUUAUAGCUAAAUGUUGAA